GACUUGAUGACUUGCACUGCGAGUGCUAUCAAAAUCGUUGCAGACGUAUUUUGGUAUAAUUAACUCUACAAAAACUAUUAUGUGGACUAUUUUCAAAACUCCCGAUUUUAGUCAUUUAUCUGCAGCAAUAUCGUGCUGCCAUAGACAAUGUUACCUUAGACGUAGACAACUGUCAGUUCUGUCAGUGUCACUGUCAACUAAUAAUGUCAUUGGUGGGUGACGCUGUAGGCAUAGGCUGCAACACCCUCCACACCCAAUUUGUUUUCCAAAUAUCCCUUCCUCAAACCCAAAAAAGUAGUAGUCAAAUUCUACACACAUAAAUUAAACAGUAACCAGCCUAAAAUCAAGAUCGUGCAAACUUACAUGACUGGGAAUUUCGCUGUGUAACAUAUAAGAGAUAAACAAAACCGGCUAAACGAGAUGUGGAAAGCAGCCACGGAUGUGGCCGCGCCGGCUCCAGCGGAGGCCGACGACUGGGACACGGACCCCGACUUCAUCAAUGACGUCACCGAGCACGAGCAGCGCUGGGGGCCCGGUGGCAGAAACGUCGAGGCUAUAGAUAUGGCGAAACUCCGUGAGGAGGUGCUGGAGGCGGACGCAUUGUCGAAGAAGAAACAAUACGAGCAGGGGCCCAAACCCUCUUAUGGCUAUGGGGGUAAAUUCGGCGUGCAGGCCGAUCGGAUGGACAAGUCGGCCGUCGGCCACGACUACAUCGGCCAAGUCGAGAAACAUGUCUCUCAAAAAGACUAUGCCCAAGGUUUUGGGGGUAAAUUCGGCGUCCAAACCGACCGAAUGGACGCCAGUGCAGUGGGGCAUGACUACAUCGGCAAAGUGGAGAAACACGAGUCGCAGAAGGACUACUCACAGGGCUUCGGGGGCAAAUUCGGCGUGCAGACCGACCGAGUCGAUAAGAGCGCGGCUGGCUGGGAGCACCGAGAACAGAUCGAGAAGCACUCGUCCCAGAAAGACUACUCCCACGGGUUCGGGGGCAAGUUCGGCGUGCAGGCGGACAGGCAGGACGCCGCCGCCGUCGGCUGGGAGCACCGCGAGCAGGUCGCCCCGCACGACUCGCAGAAAGAUUACUCGCGCGGGUUCGGGGGUAAAUUCGGCGUGCAGACGGACCGGCAGGACGCGUCGGCGGUGGGCUGGGACCACCACGAGAAGGCACCCGCGCACGCCAGCCAGCUCGACCACAAGAAGGGUUUCGGUGGCAAGUUUGGUGUGGAGACUGACCGCGUGGACAAGUCCGCCCAUCGCUUCGACGAGGUCGGCAGUGUCGGCACAAACUACACCAAACAGAAGCCCGACAUCGGCGGCGCCAAGCCCGGCUCCAUCCGGGCCAAAUUUGAGAACAUGGCCAAGGAGAAAGAACAGGAAGCAUUGCAGUCGGUGCAGAAAAUACGUCAACAGAGGCUACAAAUGGACAAGGAUUUAUCGCAAAAGGAAAAAGACCGGUUAGAGAAAGAAGAACGCGAAGCUCCCGCUAAACAACCAGAGCCUGUCAGACAACCGGAACCGGUCAGACAACCGGAACCGGUCAGGCAACAGGAACCGGUCAGACAACCAGAACCGGUCAGGCAACCGGAACCCGUAAAACAACCUGAACGGGAACCGACACCGGAGCCGGUUGAGGAGAAGGUGAAUUUGCCGGACGUCACGCUGGUGCAGCCUAAAGAGAAAGAAGAGAUGGCUCGGCAGCCCACAAUAGUGAUGUCUCCGGUGGGCUGGGAGGGCGCCGAGGGCGGCGAGGCCGAGGAGGAGGACGAGGAGGGCUACACCGCGCGGGCGCUGUACGACUACCAGGCCGCCGCGCCCGACGAGAUCAGCUUCGACCCCGACGACAUCAUCACCAACAUCGUCAUGGUGAGUAGAGGAGGAGGAGGACGAGGAGGGCUACACCGCGCGGGCGCUGUACGACUACCAGGCCGCCGCGCCCGACGAGAUCAGCUUCGACCCGACGACAUCAUCACCAACAUCGUCAUGGUGAGUAGAGGAGGAGGAGGACGAGGAGGGCUACACCGCGCGGGCGCUGUACGACUACCAGGCCGCCGCGCCCGACGAGAUCAGCUUCGACCCCGACGACAUCAUCACCAACAUCGUCAUGGUGAGUAGAGGAGGAGGAGGACGAGGAGGGCUACACCGCGCGGGCGCUGUACGACUACCAGGCCGCCGCGCCCGACGAGAUCAGCUUCGACCCCGACGACAUCAUCACCAACAUCGUCAUGGUGAGUAGAGGAGGAGGAGGACGAGGAGGGCUACACCGCGCGGGCGCUGUACGACUACCAGGCCGCCGCGCCCGACGAGAUCAGCUUCGACCCCGACGACAUCAUCACCAACAUCGUCAUGGUGAGUAGAGGAGGAGGAGGACGAGGAGGGCUACACCGCGCGGGCGCUGUACGACUACCAGGCCGCCGCGCCCGACGAGAUCAGCUUCGACCCCGACGACAUCAUCACCAACAUCGUCAUGGUGAGUAGAGGAGGAGGAGGACGAGGAGGGCUACACCGCGCGGGCGCUGUACGACUACCAGGCCGCCGCGCCCGACGAGAUCAGCUUCGACCCCGACGACAUCAUCACCAACAUCGUCAUGGUGAGUAGAGGAGGAGGAGGACGAGGAGGGCUACACCGCGCGGGCGCUGUACGACUACCAGGCCGCCGCGCCCGACGAGAUCAGCUUCGACCCCGACGACAUCAUCACCAACAUCGUCAUGGUGAGUAGAGGAGGAGGAGGACGAGGAGGGCUACACCGCGCGGGCGCUGUACGACUACCAGGCCGCCGCGCCCGACGAGAUCAGCUUCGACCCCGACGACAUCAUCACCAACAUCGUCAUGGUGAGUAGAGGAGGAGGAGGACGAGGAGGGCUACACCGCGCGGGCGCUGUACGACUACCAGGCCGCCGCGCCCGACGAGAUCAGCUUCGACCCCGACGACAUCAUCACCAACAUCGUCAUGGUGAGUAGAGGAGGAGGAGGACGAGGAGGGCUACACCGCGCGGGCGCUGUACGACUACCAGGCCGCCGCGCCCGACGAGAUCAGCUUCGACCCCGACGACAUCAUCACCAACAUCGUCAUGAUCGACGAAGGCUGGUGGCAGGGCAUGUGUAAAGGCGCGUACGGACUGUUCCCCGCCAACUACGUCCAGCUGCAGGACAAGUGAGGUGUGUACAUUCCUUUACCAUUAUAUUUAUCAAUAUUAAUAAAAUCCUAUAAUCCGUGAAACAUUGACAACAAGCGAAAAUUACAGACUUCUAGCAAUUGAAAAAUACUCCUCUAAUAUCGAAAUUGGACGUAAUUUUGGGAAAAAGAUCCAACUCUCAAAUAUCUGCCAAUAAACUUUGAACUUACUGUUAAAAAGAAAAAAAAAACAUUUAUUCAAAAGGCAUACUUUUUAGUAUGGGUCCUUUUCGCAAACUAUGUACGUCCAAUUGUAUUAUUUAUAAAAUUAAGGGGCUUAAUCGCGUAGCUUUUAUAUUACUUACCUCCGACGUCUCGUGAGCGACAUUGCCCUCUUGGUCUCGGAGAGAGAUCACCCGGAGGUGAUUCAAAUGUAGUUCUCGGCUGUACGACGGGAAGGAGGGAAUGGGUUUAUUUAAUACGUGAUUAAAUCCCGCCUUAAUUUAUAACAAUGUGAAGUAAUCGUGAAUAAAUGUAUCGAAAUUUUACUUCAAGUGUCUAUAAACAUAAACGACCUGAUUAACAUUCGCAAUGCCCCAUUUAUUGUUAACAUAGAAAUAUUAUUCUAAAUGGAUUAAUUUUAUCAUAAUAAUUUUAAGUAAAUUCUUAAUCUUUUUAUUUUAGUGUAAGAGUUAUUGUUAUUGCAUAGACUUUAUCAUAAGUCGGGCUCGAGAUUAAAUACUGUAGCUAUUAGGUAAAGCAGAGACGCUUUCUAUAGAUUUCCCGUACAUUGACCCACCUGUUGUUAUCUCUAUUGACCGCGCAUUGCUGUCAAGCUCGCACAGUGAUAUUGACAACCGGCAUCAUGGGUGGGACAGCAAUAUAAUUAUGCGCGUGCAAUAGAGAUAGCAACAGGCGUGUCAAUCUACGAAUAUCUAUAUGGAAAGCGUCUCUGCUUUAGUCAAUCGCGCACUACAAUUACUUUGAACAUAUUGUUAAAAAAUAUUCACUGAUAACAGUUCAUAAAUGAUUGUAUAAUGACAUGACAAAUAACGACAGUUGUGCUUUAGUGUAAGCUAUAUUUGGCACAAAUAAGAUGUAUGUACUUAUGAAAGAUACAACGCAAUGUUAAAUGUAGUAGGUAGAGAUUUACCAACAUUACCUACUAGUACAUUUUAUUUGUUGCCUUGCGUUUAUGUUUUGGAUGCAAAACUUUUUAAAUGAACUUAAUAAUUGUUUCUUUUAAACGUUUUCACAAAUUGCGACUUUUAUCGGAUACUGAUAUUAAAAUAAUUUCGUUAUAAUCUUAUUUGAUGUAGGAGUUUUUACAUAAAUAUAAUAACGUCCGGUGAGAAUAGGUUUGUACCAUACACCACUUACAUUGGUUUGCAGGAGAGCGUAAAGGAACAAUAAAAAAUAUUUCCGAAAGUUUUAUAUUUAGAAACUAUUCAACUUAUUUAUCAUUUAGGCACUUACGAGUAUGUUUAUUAUGUAUAGUACCAUACAAAUAUUUCGAAUAUAUAUAUAUAUAUAUAUAUAUUAUAUAUAUUUGAUGAGUAAAUGUUAAACGUACAAUGUAUGACAUGACACAAAAUUUUGGAUAUGUCACAAUUAUUGCAAUAAUUUGUGUCCGGCGUCCUUGUGGCAAGCGAAAAUGUGGGACGUUUUGCCGGCCGCUGUCAUAUUUACGGUUAAUAGAGUAUAUUAUCCUAUACUUUUUUAGGGUUCCGUAGCCAAAUGGCAAAAAACGGAACCCUUAUAGAUUCGUCAUGUCCGUCUGUCUGUCCGAUUCUGUCACAGCCACUUUUUUCCGAAACUAUAAUAGCUAUACUGUUCAAACUUGGUAAGUAGAUGUAUUCUAUGAACCGCAUUAUGAUGUUUACACAAAAAUAGAAAAAAAAACAAUAAAUUUUGGGGGUUCCCCAUACUUAGAACUGAAACUCAAAAAAUCUUUUUUCAUCGAACCUAUACGUGUGGGGUAUCUAUGGAUAGGUCUUUAAAAAUGAUAUUGUGGUUUCUUAUAUAAUUUUUUUCUAAACUGAAUAUUUUGCGCGAGAGACACUUCCAAAGUGGUAAAAAGUGUCCCCCCCCCCCGUAACUUCUAAAAUAACAGAAUGAAAAAUCUAAAAAAAAUAUAUGAUAUACAUUGCCAUGCAAACUUCCACCGAAAAUUGGUUCGAACGAGAUCUAGUAAGUAGUUUUUUUUAAAUACGUCAUAAAAAUUUAAAAAAAAUUUUUUUUUCCAUCAAACACAUACGUGUGGGGUAUCUAGGGAUAGGUCUUCAAAAAUGAUAUUUAGGUUUCUAAUAUCAUUUUUUUCUAAACUGAAUAGUUUGCGCGAGAGACACUUCCAAAGUGAAAAAAUGUGUGUCCCCCCCCCUGUAACUUCUAAAUUAACAGAAUGAAAAAUCUAAAAAAAAUAUAUGAUAUACAUUACCAUGCAAACUUCCACCGAAAAUUGGUUUGAACCAGAUCUAGUAAGUAGUUUUUUUAAUACGUCAUAAAUGGUACGGAACCCGUCAUGGGCGAGUCCGACUCGCACUUGGCCGCUUUUUUUAAAUAUAUUUCUUUUUUUACCGAUUAGUGUCCGUUGUAUCCGAUUAGUGUAUUUUUUGUCAUUUUAGGCAUCGUUUAAAACUAUUUUACUCAAAAUGGAUAUGGCACAAACGCAUUCUCAGGCGCUUAUAAUUCUUCUUAGGAGUAUGGUUUAGAAGAUUGUAAUCAGUAUGAUUUGAACAAAUUAGCGACAAAUACAAAAUGAUUAAAAUUAUUGCGACUGCUUUCAUGUAUUAGAUCGUUCACUAUUAAUUUAUUUCAUAAUUAGACAUUUAAUAUCAUUAUUUAUCAUAUUCUGUAGUAUUAUAUUAAACUUGCCUUGACAAUUGUUUAUAGAUAUUUACAUUUUAAGUUAACUCCUGAGUCAAGCAGUUAAUUAUCAAUUCUUUUUUCUAGGGAAUUAAGUGAAAUUGAUGAACGUUAACAAGUAUUCAAAAUUAUUAUAAACUUGUAUCUUUGUGCCAUCUUUUAAAGGCGCAGCAUUUGCUCAAUCGAAUGUCGAAUGCACUUAAUGAAAAUUAUUAAAAAUAACAUUUAAUGAUCACCAUUAACACACAAUUCACAGCAAUUGGCUGUAGUAGUUAUUGCAUUAGAUAUUCUUGAAAUCUUAUGAUAUCAUUAAAGUAAGAAAAAAUAAAUACGUUGUAUAGGCACAAGCUUGCUUGAUGGCCAGUGAGAGAAGAUACAGAUAAAAUGUUUUAGAAUUCCAAUGCAUAUGGUUAUUUGGUUUAGAGAUCGAUAUCCACACGCACUUUCGUCUUCUCUCGUGCGUAGUUGCGGUAUUAUUGCAUCAAAUAAUUAGAUAAAUAGGUAUUGUUUGGUUCGGAGUAGGUUUCAUCGUAGAAAUGACGAAAAGCUGAUUUCGAAACACAUGACUUUGUAAUGACAGACUUCAUUAUUAAUUUAUUACUUUUGUAAUUUUUGUCGAUUAUAUUUGCAUAUCAUUGACAGUAAUGUUAAAAAACACCACUCCAACUUGCGAAAUAAUUAUUUGGAAUUAUAAGGCAAUGAGGCUACAGAAAAUAACUCAACUUGCGUAAUUCGUCAUUUUUGUGGUGUAGAAAUAGUUUACAAAUAAUUUAGAAGGGAAUUGGUAUGUUGGUUGUAAACAUAUAUAAAUAACAAACUAGCAAUACAUCUAGUGUAAGAGUUCACAGCUCAAACUAACAUUCUGUAUUUAGUAUGCUGCCCACAAUUGGUCGUUUGAAUGUAAGCCUAAAGUGUUUAAACCUUCUACCACCAAAGACGGCAACAACCCUAGUGCAUGCUGACAAGGGUUCACGACGAUGUGCCGCACACGAUAGACGUGGCGUCCAAAGGGUUAAACCUUAAAAUAACAGUUAAAACUCGUAUUAUCUACCAAUUGUUGUAUAUUUAAUGUAUUAUGGUAUAAAAUAAAAUAAGGUCUAAGCACACCAAGAAGCUCGGCACCAGACCAGAGCUGCCUUAAUACAGUCCGCUUAAGAAAACUUUUUAGUGGAACAGUCACAUAGGCGCUAUAAGCGCGCUGUCGCCCGGACGCAAGCGUGAUGUCAAUCAGCCGUAGCCGUGCCUACAUCUUCGAGGCGUUUAAUCGCUUCCGUUACGUACUUACCUACGUAUAUUUGACGACUAGUUGACGGCGAGCGGAUGAGUGGGGGCGGCGUUGGUUUGGUGUCGAGCUUUUUGGUGUGCUGCACCUUUAUACUCUUUUUCAUGGUAUGAGUUGGAUAUAGUAUGGUAUGCGUACACACAAGUUCUAUACAGCCUAUUCCAAACCAAUUAACGAAAAAGUAAAAUACACCAGAAGCUACAAUACUUACUGCUUUCUUUUGUGGAGCAAUAAAGAAUUCUAUUGAAUAUACCUAGACCAUCAAUUACAGUUUUAUAAUUUUGCAUUGAUAUUGGAAAUCUUUUUUUUUUUUUGUAUAAUUGGAUUGGGAUGGAGUUUACAAAUGUUGUAUUAAUCUUCGUACCUAUAGUUGGUAUUUAAUGCCGAACUGUAUUUUAUAAAAGACGAUUUAUAUUGUUUAUAAAAGUAAAUAAAUAGUUUUAUUUUAUAUCGAA